AGCAUUUUGCCUCAUAGCAUAAUCUUCAACCAUGGCUCGCCGUUCCGUGGCAGUGGUCGGUGCUGGUGCACUCUUGGCAUCCAGUCUCUCAAGCCAGUCUUUUGCAGUGCCUCGCGCGGCUGAUGUGACCAAAGCACAGGCGGCACAGGUACAUGUCGGCACUUCAGAGGCUUCGCAAGUUGCAUCAUCUCAACUUGGAUUUGCAACUGUGGCCAGUGCCGCUGUCGCUGCGGCCGGCUUGGCAGCCACACGCCGCGGGUCUCGAGUUGCGGCAUCACGCGCAGACACCAGCCGUGUGGUGUGUGCAGCCGGAAACAGUGGAAAAAAGAGGUGCUUGGUCAUGGGAGGAACACGUUUCAUCGGCUGUUACCUGGUGGCCAAACUUCGCGAGCAAGGCCAUGAUGUUGUUGUGUGCAACCGCGGGAAGACGAAUGGAGGCAAACCCGAACCCCUUCCUGGCGUAAGUGAUGCUGACUAUCAACAGAUGCUGUCGGGUGUCAGUGUGCUGGUGGCCGACCGGAAAGACCCUGCACAGUUGAAAGCUGCCUUGGCUGGUGCUGGAAAGUUUGACAUCGUUUUCGACAACAACGUGCGAAAGUUGGCUGAAGUUCAACCCUUGGUUGAGGGGGUUCAGAGCACCGGAGGCUGUGAGCAAUUCAUUUUGAUGAGCAGUGCCGGUGUGUAUGGUCCUACAGAUGUGCUCCCUUUGAGUGAGGAGAACCCAGGUGAUCCAAACUCCCGACACAAGGAGAAGCUGCAAUGCGAGCAGUACUUGGAUUCUCAGGGUAUGAACUGGACCUCCAUCCGUCCAGUGUACAUCUACGGCCCCUUGAACUACAACCCCGUGGAGCGUUACUUCUUUGAUCGGGUGACGCGGGGGCGGCCGGUGUGUAUUCCCUAUGACGGGAAGUACAUCACCCAGUUGGGACACUGUGAGGACCUGGCUGACUUCAUGAUCAAAUGCAUUGGCAAUCCAGCAGUCAAGGGCCAGGUCUACAACAUCUCCAGCGAGGAGUACGUGACCUUCGAUGGCAUGGCGAAGCUUUGUGCACAGGCAGCAGGCAUGGCUGAGCCGAAGAUCGUGCAUUAUGAUCCCAAGUCUGUGGAGGUGCCAGAUGGAUUUCCCAAAGCCUUUCCCUUUCGUGGCAUGCACUUCUUUGCCUCCAUUGAGAAGGCCAAGCGUGAUGUGCCUGACUGGAUGCCCAAGUUCAGUAUGUUGGAAGGCUUGAGGAGUAGCUAUCAGCAAGAUUAUUUGGCACGUGGCUUUGAUAAGCAGCAGCCAGAUUUUCGGACCGAUGAGCUGAUUUUGUCUAAAAGCAUGUCAGCUGCAUAGACGUUCUCCCAACACGCCAUUUUUCUGCGGAUUUCAAGGCUCCUUAGACCCAGGCCAACCGGCGGAGAAAAUGCUUGCUUCUUUGAGUUGAUUUCAUGCGGAAAGUAGCUAGAAUGAUGUCCAAGUAGCUAGAAGGAGCUGAAAUGAGUUUGCCAUGCCCAGCCAAUGACAGACAGCGACAAGAUGCGUGCUGGAAGCAAGUUGCUUGCAUUGAUUUUAGUGUGUUUGCUG